AUGAAACCACGGAUAAAAUGGUUUCAGCUCUUGCUGUUCCCUAGCAUCAUAUCCUUAUUUUCUGUUCAAUGUUUACCAUGUUCAUAUAAGGCUCCAAGAGCAGAAAAUAUUAUUUUGAAAGUUCCGUUGGGUAAUGAACUAAAUGAAGAUGAUGAGUUCGGGUCGUCAUUUCGUUCACGAAGAUCAGCCGAUGACAUAUUCCUGCCACUACGUAUAAGGCUUCAUUUUGAUGAUUCUAUUCGUAAUUUGACUGAAGAUAAGCAGUUAUAUGUUAAUAGUUCAUUAUUGCCUGAAGCCGCGGGAUUUUGGGAAAGAGCUUUACGGGUGAAACGAACUUCUGAUGCUCCGAUUCGUUUGAGACGAAAGUGCAUAUCAUCUUUCUAUUAUUAUCGCAAAGACAAACGAGCUUUAGCCUGUGAUAUAGGUUGUCGGGAUAUAACCAAAUGUGGAGAAGCUGUCAUACCUCACGAUCAUCUUCUGGACUGCUCCUAUUGCACUUCAUCAGAUGAUUGUUUCAAUAGCGGCGAUGUGGGAACAGGGAUAAGAGAAGCUGACUUCGUAUUGUAUGUCACAGCCAUCGCUACUCAACGAUGCGACAUGCCAGACACUCUGGCUUAUGCUGCACACUGUCAACAAGAAGCUGAACUAGAUAGACCAAUUGCUGGACAUGUCAACCUCUGUCCACAAGCUAUUUCCACACACAAACAUGACAGAGAAAUACUUGUUUCUACUGUGAAGCACGAAUUGCUACAUGCACUUGGUUUCUCUGUCGGCCUGUUUGCAUUCUUCCGGGAUGAGUAUGGUAAACCGAGAACCAAAAGAAAUAGUUAUGGGAAGCCAUUAACUCUCAAUAAGGAAAAGGGUAUAUACCUUUGGGAUUCUAAUACUAUCGAUACCAUCCUCCGAUUAGAUUGGUGGACAGGAAAAGGAAAGACCGUUCAUCCUGUACGAAUGAUGGUCACACCAAAAGUUCGCGAAGAAGCACGGAAACAUUUUGGUUGUCCGACAUUAGAAGGAGCUGAGUUAGAAAACCAAGGAGGCGAUGGAACAGCUCUGACUCAUUGGGAGAAGCGCGUUUUUGAGAACGAAGCAAUGACUGGUACUCAUACACAGAAUCCUGUCUAUUCUCGUCUUACGUUAGCAUUACUGGAAGACAGUGGUUGGUAUAAGCCAAACUAUGAGGUUGCGGAGGAACUACAUUGGGGUCGUAAUCUAGGAUGUUCUUUUGUGCAAAAAAGUUGCGGAGAAUGGAUUCAUCGCAAAAGAAAACAGGGUAAACUUCCUUUUCCCUAUUGCGAUGAAAUAAAACAUGAUGGUACGAAGUCAUUAGCUGUCACAAGAUGCACUUCACAACGGGAUUCUCUCUCUCUCUGUAACUUGAUUCCAUACAAACAGCCUCUUCCUCGACAGUUUCGUCAUUUUUCACAACUUGAUGGAAUUUCUGCUGAGGGUCUGCAGUAUUACGGAGGUGCCGUAGAGUUAGCAGAUUUCUGUCCGUAUUCACAAGAAUUCGAAUGGAAGAUGAUCAACUCUUCAAUUCGAAGAGAUUCAAGAUGUGAGCUAGAUGGCAAUAAUCGGAACGGAGAAGACAUUCUAGAAGUGUAUGGAAGCUCUUCUCGUUGUUUCGAUUUUGUAUCGCCUUGGACAGAACGAAAAUGCGGCCGUUUAAGAACUUUGACUCAUUAUAUGGCAGGGUGUUAUGAGCAUGUUUGUGAGAACAAUCGUCUGUACAUUGGUACGCAUAACUCAACUCUCUAUCCUUGCUACUUUGAUGGUCAGAAAGUUCAUAUUCAUCGAAUAACAGAAGGUUGGCUCAGAGAGGGUGUCAUCAUUUGUCCUCCCUGUCAAGAUUUCUGUAAUAAUUGCCAAGCAAUGCCAGAAAACGAUGAUUACAUAGGUGAUCCUGAAUUAGACGAACCGUGUAGUGCUACUUUGAUAUCUGUAAUUACUUCUUUAACAUUCGCAGUUCUAACUUGCCUGAUAUUAUCAUAA